AUGCACCAGCGAUGGCUUUCGUUGCCACUGUUGUCCAGCUGUGCUUCUGCAUUUUAUCCCUACCAAUAUCAGACUGGUGACGGUUCAGAUUCCAAUACCAAGCGAUUCAUACCCAAUGAUGCCGAUCAACAACCCUCACAAGACUCUCCAUUUCUGACACUCGAUAUCAAGAAAGUUCCUGUCAAGAGAAACAAUGCUUUCACCGUCACAAAUUCCUCCAAACCCAACGCCCCCAAUGCCAUGGCCAUCAGUCAAGACGGUCAUGACUACACAUAUUUCUCCACCAUGAGAUUCGGUUCUGCUCCAGGCCGUGAUUUGUACAUGUUGCUCGAUACCGGCUCUGCUAAUACCUGGGUCAUGGGUUCCAAUUGUCAAUCCAAGUCCUGCCAAAUCCACAACCUCUUUGGUGAAGCCUACUCCGACACUCUCAACCAGACUUCAACAACUUGGAACCUGGGAUACGGCACUGGUCAGGUGGCUGGCACCAUGGCAUCUGACCUCGUCAGCUUCGCCAACUACUCGGUGGAGCUAGAUUUUGGAAUCGCCACAACUGCAUCGGAUGACUUUCUCAACUACCCGAUGGACGGGAUUCUCGGUUUGGGUCCCGUUGCGUCCGAUACUCUCGGUGGAGCAACCAUCAUGGACGCACUCGACCAACAAGCAAACCUGAAAGAGAAGAUCAUUGGCAUGCAUCUCCAUCGAGCCUCGGACGGCAUCAAAGACGGACAAAUCACGUUCGGUGGUAUCGACAAUUCCAAAUUCAAAGGCAAGCUCAGCUACACCAAGACCGUCGAUAAUCUCAGCUGGGAAAUCCCUUUGGAAGAUGCAGGCGUGGACACCAAGGGCGUGGGAUUCAAGGGCAAGUCCGCUAUGAUUGACACUGGCUCUUCAUACUGGCUGGCUCCCCCAUCCGAUGCCGCUGCCCUACACGCCUUGAUCCCUGGAGCCGCCCACAACGGCGAAGCCUACAUUGUACCCUGUAACACCACGACCAAUGUCUUUGUCACGUUCUCGGGCGUCAAGUACACCAUUCCACCCAAGGACUAUGUGCGAGCGGCGACCGGUUCCACCAACAACAUGUGCAACAGCGUGAUUAUUGGUCACCAAGCAUAUGGCCCCAACCAGUGGAUCAUCGGCGAUGUCUUUCUCAAGAACGUCUACACGGUCUUCGACUUCGACAACACCCGUAUUGGCUUCGCCUCACACUCAGCCGACUCGAGUAUCACCUCCACAUCGAGCAGUUCCUCCUCUUCGUCGUCGUCGUCGUCGUCGUCGACGCCAUCAACCUCUUCCACCUCCACCUCCGACACCCAGUCCUCCAGCUCAUCCACGACCACUUCCACCGAGGGUGUUUCUUCCACCGGCCCAAGCUCGAGCAGCCGUCCCACAUCCUCUACCAUCGACAGCAGCCCCGGCUUCGAACCAGGCACAUCCAACUCGGCAUCAACAGUAUCCCCAACCAACAUCACCCUUGUAUGGACGAUGUUGUUGGCAUUCACACUGGGUCUAAUAUUGUAA